GCUGGUGGAAAGGACCUGCGUGCCACUGGUACAUAUCCGGGGGUGAUGGGCCUCAAGGUUGCAGGCUUGCUUGGGAAGCACCUGGCAAGCUUGAAGACCAAACGCGGGCCACCGGAGGGUACUAUGAAGUUCUACGACUCUGGCCCUGAGACUGAUUCCGAUUCAGGUCUAGAGGAUCUGCUGGGCCGCCCUAGCUAG